CACAAGUUGACUGAUCGUGUUCAUCAUCAUGCAUGGCUUCGUUUCACUUAUUUAAUUAACGACUUGUUCACGACACAAAUGAUUGUACCAGUUUAAGAAUCUCUUGAUCUCUCUUCAUCAUCACCAAAUCUUCCUUGAGAAAUAUUCUCUCCAUCAUCAAGUGUCUCCAACCUAUAUAUAUAUAUAUAUAGUUGCACAAGUUCAAGAAUUAUCAUAACAACAAACUAACAAACAACAACAACAACAACAAGAAAGGCAAGAGUUGAUCAGUUAGAGCGAUGGACGUUUUUGUUGAUGGUGAAUUGGAGUCUCUCUUGGGGAUGUUCAACUUUGAUCAAUGUUCAUCAUCUAAAGAGGAGAGACCGCGAGACGAGUUGCUUGGCCUCUCUAGCCUUUACAAUGGUCAUCUUCAUCAACAUCAACACCAUAACAAUGUCUUAUCUUCUGAUCAUCAUGCUUUCUUGCUCCCUGAUAUGUUCCCAUUUGGUGCAAUGCCGGGAGGAAAUCUUCCGGCCAUGCUUGAUUCUUGGGAUCAAAGUCAUCACCUCCAAGAAACGUCUUCUCUUAAGAGGAAACUACUUGACGUGGAGAAUCUAUGCAAAACUAACUCUAACUGUGACGUCACAAGACAAGAGCUUGCGAAAUCCAAGAAAAAACAGAGGGUAAGCUCGGAAAGCAAUACAGUUGACGAGAGCAACACUAAUUGGGUAGAUGGUCAGAGUUUAAGCAACAGUUCAGAUGAUGAGAAAGCUUCGGUCACAAGUGUUAAAGGCAAAACUAGAGCCACCAAAGGGACAGCCACUGAUCCUCAAAGCCUUUAUGCUCGGAAACGAAGAGAGAAGAUUAACGAAAGGCUCAAGACACUACAAAACCUUGUGCCAAACGGGACAAAAGUCGAUAUAAGCACGAUGCUUGAAGAAGCGGUCCAUUACGUGAAGUUCUUGCAGCUUCAGAUUAAGUUGUUGAGCUCGGAUGAUCUAUGGAUGUACGCACCAUUGGCUUACAACGGCCUGGACAUGGGGUUCCAUCACAACCUUUUGUCUCGGCUUAUGUGAAGGACUUACAAGUUACAAUGUCAAUGUAAAGAAACCCAUUUAGAACAUAUAUAUCCCUAUUUGAGCCAAACUAAAGAGAUCUACGCUAAGAUCCUACCAUUUUCUUCUUGUUGUUCAUUCUGAUAUUUUUAUUAUUCUUAACUUCUUUUGUCUCUUUCGUCAUUAUGGUUCUAAGAACUUUUGGUACUCUUUUUCUUUUCUUUUUUGUAAUUAUAUUUUUAAAUUAUGAAAAAGUCAACUCAGACUAAUUAAAUAACAAUCGUCUUUCCUUUUGCAAUUUGAA